GGCUCACUCCCUGUCUGCUCUCAGCUGCUGUGCCUAACAGAGAGGGGGAGGAAGAUCACACACAGGGAGAGGCAGGCACAACUGGAGUGCACUGGGCAAGGAUGGCAACUCUGGUGGAGCCAGGAGCGGACAUUGACCCAUCAAUCAGCACCCUCAACCCAUCAUCUACCUCCCCUAGCCUGUCUCACAGGUUCCUAGACAAUAAAUUUUACCUGCUGGUGGUGAUUGGAGAAAUAGUGACAGAGGACCACUUGAGGUGUGCCAUCACCAAUAUAGAGAGAGGUAUCCGAUCAUGGGACACAGACCUCAUUCAAUGCAACUUAGACCAAGAACUAAAGCUAUUUGUAUCACGUCACUCAGCGAGAUUCUCCCCAGAAGUUAGAGGUCAAAAAAUCCUUCACCAUCGGAGUGAUGUUUUAGAAACAGUUGUCUUAAUUAACCCUUCAGAUGAAGCCGUCAGCACAGAAGUACGCUUGUUGAUCACAGACGCUGCGAGACACAAACUAUUAGUACUGACUGGACAAUGCUUCGAAAAUACAGGGGAACUUAUUCUUCAGUCUGGAUCCUUCUCAUUCCAAAACUUCAUAGAGAUUUUCACAGAUCAGGAGAUUGGUGAACUUUUGAGCAAUACCCACCCUGCAAAUAAAGCAAGCCUUACACUCUUUUGUCCAGAAGAAGGACACUGGAAGAAUUCUAAUCUAGAGAGACACAACCUUCAAGACUUCAUCAAUAUCAAACUCAAUUCAUCUUCAGUAUUGCCCGAAAUGGAAGGACUUUCUGAAUUUACAGAAUACUUAUCAGAAUCUGUCGAAAUACCAUCACCUUUUGACAUUUUAGAACCACCUACAUCUGGUGGAUUUCUGAAACUAUCAAAGCCAUGUUGCUACAUUUUCCCAGGUGGAAGGGGAGACUCUGCAUUGUUCGCAGUGAAUGGCUUUAACAUGCUCAUCAAUGGAGGAUCUGAGAGGAAAUCUUGCUUCUGGAAACUCAUUAGACAUUUAGAUAGGGUGGAUUCAAUAUUGCUCACCCACAUUGGAGAUGACAAUCUGCCUGGUAUCAAUAGUAUGCUUCAAAGGAAAAUAUCUGAGCUCGAGGAGGAACAGUCUCAAGGGUCAACAACCAAUAGUGAUUGGAUGAAAAACCUUAUCUCUCCAGACCUUGGAGUCGUUUUCCUUAACAUCCCGGACAAUAUGAAAAACCCAGAACCUAACUUCAAAGUGCGAAGAAGCAUAGAAGAAGCAAAUUUUACUCUUCAGUACUUAAGUAAAUUAUCUAUGAAACCAGAACCUUUAUUAAGAAAUGUAGGAAACACAAUUGAACCCAUUAUCUUGUUUCAAAAAAUGGGUGUAGGCAAACUUGAGAUGUAUGUGUUGAAUCCAGUAAAGGGAAGCAAAGAAACUCAGUAUUUUAUGCAGCAGUGGUCAGGCUGCAGCAAAGAAAAAGCUGGUUUGGUUCUUCCUAAUGGUCAAGAAAUUGAUGUCCCUGUCAACUACUUAGCUUCAAUUUCCUCUCUUAUUGUAUGGCAUCCAUCAAAUCCUUCUGAAAAAAUAGUAAGAGUCUUGUUUCCAGGAAAUACAACACAAUACCAAAUACUCGAAGGCCUUGAAAAGCUCAAACAUCUGGACUUUUUGAAGCAUCCUGUCAUAACACAAAAAGACCUAAGUGACAAUGUUCCAAGCCCUGCAGUAAAGCAGGCAAAAAUGAAGCAAAGAGCAGAAAGCAAGGAGAGUCUAAAGUCUACAAAAUCUACCCCUAGCAAACCAGUAAAAAAAGAAUCAAAAGAAGAGCAUUCUGAAGCUGUAAAAAACAGCCAACCCGAACAAGCUGAAAAGGUAGACAAGGAAAAAACAUCUGUUAAGAAAGUUGUAAAAAAUGAGGCUAAAAUGUCAGCAGAAAAAACUGAAAAGCCAGUUCCAAACAAAGAAGAGCCAAUAGUUAAAUCAGAAAAUGUUGAAAAACUAAAAUCUGAUGUGAAACCUAAAGUUAUAAGGGAAAAAACUGCUAAAAAGGAAUUAAAAGCAAAAUCUGAUGAUGUAAAGAAAGAAGUACCGAAGAAAGAAGAAAAAACCUCAGUUAAAAAGGAAGAGACACCUAAGAAAGAGGUUAAGGAAGACAAACCUAAGAAAGAAGUUAAGGAAGAAAAAACUAAAAAAGAGGUAAAAGAAUACAAACCUAAGAAGGAAGUUAAGGCAGAGAAACCUAAAAAAGAAAUUAAGGAAGACAAGCUUAAAAAGGAAGUUAAAGAAGAUAAAGUGAAAAAAGAGAUAAAGAAGGAAGUAAAGAAGGAGGAGAAAAAGGAGGUUAAAAAAGAUGUAAAAAAGGAAACACCUCAGAAAGAUGUGAAAAAAGAAGUAAAGAAAGAGGAUAAAGAGAAGAAGGAAGAGAAGGAUGCAAAGAAAGAAAUCAAGAAACCUACUAAAGAAACAAAGAAGGUAUCAGCAACUCCUGAUGCUAAAAAGCCUGCUGCUAAAGGAAAAGUGCAAAAGAAAGAGGAACCAGCUAAGAAGGAAGCAGCUGCUGCAAACAAGACAAAGGAUAAGACAAAAAUAAUAAAGAAAGUGGCUGACAAGAAGCCAUUGGCAGCUGCCGGAGCUGUCGCAGCCACUGCAGCAGUAGCUGCAGCAGCCGCAGCAUCUAUUCAAGCCUAUCCUGAAGCAGCUGAAAAUAUCGUAGAUCUAGUUACACAGAGAUCUCUUAUGUCUUCCCCUGAAGAUUUAACAAAAGACUUUGAAGACCUCCAAGAUGAAGAAGGCAAGUUCAAUGAAGAAGUAAAGCCUUAUCUUCAGGCACUGUCUCCUAAGGAUGAAGCAGUCAUCAUACAGACCGAUUCUUAUAUUAAGAAAGAUAAUGCAAGCAGUGACGAACCUGCAGAUUCGCCAGAUGAAGGAAUAACUACUACAGAAGCUGAAGGUGAAUGUGAACAGACUCCAGAGGAAUUAGAAAUCAUUGAUAAACACAGGGCAGAUGAAAAUGACAAGUAUGAGGAUGAAGGCACUGGACUUGAAGAAUCAUCUGAAGCUGGUGAUUAUGAAGAAAAAGCAGAGACUGAAGAGGUUGAUGAACAAGUGGAGGAUAUUGAAGAGAGAACUUCACUGGAUGAACACCCAGCCAUUGAGUUGGCUGAAACUGAUGAAACCGAGGAAGAGGCUGAUACAGAUGGAUUCCAUCAUUUGAAAGGCAAGAAUUACAGUCAUGAAGACAUUGCUGAUUCUGAGGCAGCAGAUGAACAAACUGAAGAAGAAGCAGAUGAAGACAGAACCGAUGACGCAAAAGAUGAUGAUCAGGAAACAGAGAAGCUGGAAGUUGAAUGCCACUAUAUUACUGCAGCAAAAGACAAAGCGGAAGUUGUAAGUGACACUGAAGAUAAAUAUGUCUUGUCUUCUACACCAUCCAAGACAUCUGAGCCCCAAUCACCUGUUGUAGAGCCAGGAGCUUCUAUUCAUGAUGAGACUCUACCUGGUGGUUCUGAGAGUGAAGCAACUGUAUCUGAUGAAGAGAACAGAGAAGACCAACCUGAGGAAUUCACUGCCACUUCAGGCUUUACUCAUUCCACCAUUGAAAUAUCUAGUGAACCAACUCCAAUGGAUGACAUGUCAACACCAAGAGAUGUAAUGAGCGAUGAGACAAACAAUGAGGAAAGUGAAUCCCCAUCUCAAGAAUAUGUCAACAUAACUAAAUAUGAAGCAAUUAUGUGUUCCCAAGAAUAUGACAACACAAGGAUUUCUCCAAUACCUGAUGCACUGAAUGGUUUGUCUGAUGUUUCAAAAACCGAUGCUACUGAUGGCAAGGAAUACAAUGCUUCAGCUUCAACGAUCUCACCACCUUCAUUGCUGGAAGAAGAUAAGUUCUCUAAGUCAGCACUACGUGAAGCAUAUGUUUAUGGAGACAUUGACAUAAAAUCUUCUGCAAAUCUAGAAAUAGAGGAUGAUUAUCAGAUCGAAGAGAAGCUAAGCCCAAGUAAAAGUCCAGCACCUCCUUCACCAAUUUCAAAAACUCCACUAAGUGAGCGAAGUGUUAAUUUUGACCUUACCCCUAAUGAAAUUAAAACAUCUGAACUUGGCAUCCAGCCACCUUUGCAUGACAAAAUACAAGAAGUGACAGAACAGUGUCCAAGUCCAGAGGAUAAAACUUUGGAAGUAGUAUCUCCUUCUCAAUCAGCUGCUGGAAGUGCUGGUCACACACCGUACUACCAGUCACCAACAGAAGAAAAGGGUUUAAGUCUUCCAACAGAGAAUACAGCGAAGUCAUCUGUCCCAGUGAUUUUUGAGUUCUAUGAUGACAAAGAAAGGAGUGAAAGCCCUAGAAUAAGUCCCAUGGAUGAGCCAGUGCCAGAUUCUGAAUCUCCAAUUGAAAAGGUUUUAUCUCCACUACGUAGCCCUCCUUUGAUUGGAUCAGAGACACCCUAUGACAUGUUCUUAACCUCUGAUGCUAGACCAUCAUCAGCACAAGCAAGUGCUGAUGGACAUUCUCCUUCUCUGGUUAGUCCUGUGUCUGAAGUGUCUGAUGCUGUACAAGAAAAGAGUGAUACUUUGUCAAGUAAAAUAUUUAGUGAGGAAACUUGUAAUUUUGAAAUUAAGAGUAUGGCAUCAAAUGUACCAGAUGGAGGCAAAACUGUAGGAGAAUUUUCUCCUACACAGAUAAGCACCAACCCAUUCAUCUUGUUUAAAGAGGACACCAAAAUGUCUAUUUCUGAAGGCACUGCAUCUGAUAAAUCUGCCACUCCAGUAGAUGAAAAUGUUGCAGAAGACACCUAUUCUCAUAUAGAAGGUGUUGCAUCAGUUUCAACAGCUUCUGUUGCUACCAGUUCAUUCCCAGAACCAACUACAGAUGACGUUUCUCCUUCACUUCAUGCCGAGGUGGGGUCUCCCCACUCCACAGAAGUAGAUGACUCCCUGUCAGUCUCUGUAGUUCAGACACCCACCACAUUUCAUGAAACAGAAAUAUCACCAUCUAGAGAGGAAUGUCCCCGUCCAAUGUCUAUAUCUCCACCCGAUUUCUCGCCUAGAACAGGAAAAUCCGCAUCCUCCCUCCAUGAACAGAGAUCACCAGAGCAGUCAACAAUGGAGUUCAGUCAGGAAUCGCCAGAGCAAUCUUUUGCCAUGGACUUUAGUAGACAAUCACCAGAGCACCCUGCAGUAGCCUCUAGCAUGUUACAUAUAUCAGAAAAUGGACCAACUGAAGUAGAAUAUAGUCCAUCCGACCACCAGGACUCUUAUUUUGGUAAUAAGAUUUCAACUGACAAUGGAUAUUACACUCCAGCAAAAAAACAAGAACAAGCAGCAACUGAAUCUCAGGGAGAGGCAUCACCAUCCACCUCCUCCGCGCACACCCCUUCACAAACCGGAUCUCCUUUAAAAGAUGAAGAUUCUUUGAAAGAUGUAGUUGAGAAUACAGAUAUGCCACUUUAUUCACCACCAAUGCUAGAGCAGGAGUUUUUUAUGCAAGAAAAGCUCUCUCCCGAAACAGAUGCCUCUCCACUAACUCCAACACCAUCUUCAUUGAGACAGUCACCUGGUACAGCCGAUCCUCCAAGUACAAAUAAUGAUCUAUCAAUGGAUUAUGGUUCAAUGGCCUCAUCCCUACCAAUUUCCUCUAAUGAACCAUUUAGUUUUCAGGCAAGGGCAGUAAAGGAACCCUCUGUUUUACAUAACACAAACCCUUUUGCCUAUUCAGCAGAUCUAGAUGACAGGAAUAACAUAUGUGAAGCGUAUAGCUAUUCCAGUGAUAUGAAUGAUAGAUUUUCUGUCUCUGACAAGUCUCCUUUUGCUGAGAACCGACAAGAAGUUGACUUGUGUCUUGUUUCUGCUUGUGAGUAUAAACAUCCAAAAACAGAGUUGUCACCUUCUUUUAUUAACCCGAAUCCUUUAGAAUGGUUUGCAAGUGAAGAACAAACUCAGGAGCAAGAUAAACCUUUAACUCAACUUGGAGGCAGCCAGCCACCUUCUGGAGGAAAACAGAAAGGGCGUCAAUGUGACGAAACACCUCCAACCUCAGUUAGUGAAUCAGCCCCAUCUCAGACAGAUUCAGAUGUCCCACCAGAGACUGAAGAAUGCCCUUCUAUAACAGCAGAUGCGAACAUAGACUCUGAAGAUGAAUCCGAGACUAUCCCUACUGACAAAACAGUAACUUACAAACAUAUGGAUCCUCCCCCAAUUCCCAUGCAGGAUCCAAGUCCAUCUCCCAGACACCCAGAUGUCUCAAUGAUGGAUCCAGAAACUCUACCUGUAGAGCAGAAUUUAGGCAAGCCUAUGAAAAAAGAUAAUAAAGAAAAAGUUAAAACCAAGAAAGCGGGAGGAAAAACCAAAUCCUCUUCUCCAGCUAGAAAAGGUGAUAGCAAAUCUAAGAUUUCAGCUGCUUCACCAAAACCUGGACCAAUCAAAGAAACAUUGGAGAAAAGUUCCAAGAGUGUUGCUCCAAAAAAGAAAGAUUCAGUAGAAAAGGGUCCAAAAAGUGGUUCAAUUACUGAUCCCAAAGCAGCAAAAGGGGAAGAAAAAGAUAAAGAAACCAAGAACGCAACUAACACAAGUGCAACAAAAUCAACUAAAACUGGGUCUACAGGAGGUGGAGCCACGAAGACAACAAAAUCAGCAGCAGUGCCCCCGGGACCUCCGGUAUACAUGGACCUGGUCUAUAUUCCCAACCACAGCAGUAGCAAAACUGUUGAUGUGGAUUUUUUUAAACGCGUGCGAUCCUCAUAUUAUGUAGUGAGCGGAAAUGAUGCUGCAGCGGGAGAACCGAGCCGGGCCGUCCUGGAUGCUCUCCUGGAAGGGAAAUCUCAGUGGGGAAGCAAUAUGCAGGUCACACUCAUUCCAACCCAUGAUUCCGAGGUGAUGCGAGAAUGGUACCAGGAGACACAUGAAAAACAGCAGGACCUCAAUAUUAUGGUACUAGCGAGUAGCAGCACAGUUGUUAUGCAAGAUGAAUCCUUCCCAGCAUGCAAAAUUGAACUGUGAGGAGAUCACUGCCUGCUCCAUCAUCCUAACACAGAGAUUACUAGAAAUGUCACCAACAGAACAGAACUAACUUCAGAACUAGAUAUUGCCCACUGCUAUCCUGUGUUAUAGACACAGACGUUAGCAAUAUAUUAUCUCCAUGGCAAACUAUAAAGUUCACGUCACUGCAAGCUCUGCUGUCCAGGUUUAAUAUACAGGUUUGUAGGACAUGCUCUUGUACACAUUCAUUCACUUUAGUCCAGGAUGGGAACUUUCUUCAAGACUGAAAGACAAUGAGAGACAAGGAGAAGAAGGGCCGGUGAUGGCUGACCAUUGUGGCAUUACUCCGUCAGUAGUAACAGGAUGAUUUUUCCAUUACUUUUUGUUCUAUAAUAUUCAUUUGCAGGCACAAAAAAUGGGAUCUGCAAACUGGAGUCGGAUGGACAGUUGUUUGAGAUUAGUAUUUGUUGUCCUACAGUAACAGGGUCUGAGUUUUGUUCCCUUCUUCCUUCAAAACAUAUGCCGAAAUUGGUGGGAAAAAAAAUGGUAAAAAACAAACCAUGGCCCAACCACUUCUAAUAUAGAUUGCUUUAAUUGUGUUGUAAUAUGUUUAAUAGUAUACCUGCUAUAGUCAUGCCAUGAUAUACAUAACUUUACAGGGUGGAAAAAAUAAGCAUUGUGUCUGAGGCAUACUCCCGCUAAAUUCAUCUUACCAAAUCUUACAAUUUCGCACAUUGUGAAUCACAGUCGGCACACAGAAGCAAAAUACCAAAGCACUCGGAGUACAUUUGGUAGAGAAUUUGCCUUAGGAAGUGACUUGAAUGUACAAAGAUACUUAAUGCACUUAUUUUUUAACUUCAGUCAGCAAGUGUACAAAAGUAUGCUAGGUCGUAAGUCGGAUAGUGUGUGCAUGCUUGUAGGGCGGUAAGUGCUGAGCUGACGGAACACACCAGGGGGACAACAAUUCUACUGCAGUUAAUACACAAUGAGUGUCUGACGAUUGCUUUGCCAGGCAGGUUGAAGAUUGAGUGUUCUUAUUCUUUUGGUCCUUGUUGACUUGACCUCCUCCUCUGUUACUUGUUUGUUGUUUUUACAAAGAUUUUCUGAAAGAUGUACAGACCCUUUUUCAUUGUAUGUAAAAAGAAAAACUAACUUCAUUUUAGUUUUUGAUUUUACAAGCGGAGUUACUUUGCUUAUGGUUGUGUGAUGAUCAGUGUUCUUUUCAGAGGAGUAAGGAAAGGAAAAUGUCAGUUUCAAGAGUGGUUCCUAAUAAUUUCUUAUUAUUAUUAUUAUACUUAGUAAAAAAAACAAAAACAUUUAUUCCCAGUAUUUGAAAUCAGUUACUGGCAAAGUAAUUGCAUAGAAUUCUUCCAAGUAUCAUUGACAUUGAAUUUCUCCAGGAUUAGACAAAGGAUGUCUGUUUUUUUUUAUUUCAGAUACAGCACCACUAUAUUGCAGUUCAUUUCCAUUUACAUGAAUAAAGUUGAACUGCGAUAACAGGCAGGGGCAUGUUGCAAUCCACAAGUGGCCUUUACUGCAUCCCAACAGUCACCAAAAAUCCAUCCGUAUGGAUUAAUUGCGUCAGUCGGAAUGUGGUCACUGCCAGUUAUCUUAGCUGUGAUGCAGCACAAUCCAUUCAGUGCAAUAGGGCGAUCUAUGGAUAUGCAACCUCCGUCAUGGCCAAAAUCUGUGUAGCCCUAAGUUUCGCUGUUUCUGGGAUAACAAGAAGACCCCUUUAUCUAAUUUUUAUACACCCUCCUUAACUGUACCUGUCAUGUUAUCACAGUGGAGGUAGACAUCUUGUCAGCUAAGGAAGAUAUGAGAAUUUGUCGCAUGCUUUACUGAUGUGACUGGUGACCACUGCUAUCUAUAUGCUACAUGCUCAUGUAGAUCAACACACAAGUGCAAUAUGGAUGCUUCUACAGUGCAUGGAUGAUGGGUGCAUCUUAUGGCCUUUGCUUAUGUACGGUAUAUGACAAGAUUGAUGAUGGCAGCUUUAUAAGUAAACGGAUCAGAAUAUGAAAAUUGUAUUAGAUACCGCAAUGCUUUAAGUCAUUUUAAUGUGAUGGCCCUAAAUGAAUGUGUAUGUUUUGUCUUAUAAUUUGUCGUAUUUAUUUUAUAAUGUAAUACUAUUUUAUUUGCACUGUUGAUGUUUGGUACUGUUUUGGACUUGUUCAGUCCAGUUAAUGCUGUGAAUUAGGACAACAUUUUUUUUUUAAGCAAUGAUAUUUAUUGCUUUGCUAUUUAUGUAUGAUCAUAUAAUAUUUGCUCUGUUUUUGAACAGAUCCUGCCCAUAGGAAUUAACUUUUUUUUAAAAUAUUGGACAGUAUGUUUCAAUAGGGAUAAAAUAAAUUGAAUGCACUAGAAUGUGUCUUCAUUCUGCCCUGCCCAUUUCCAGGUGCGUUCACUUGUACUGCCCAUUUGUUAGACAGGGUUAAACUAGCGGGGUAAACACAAAAGUCACUGUAAAUAUUCACUUUCCUGUCCCACUGUGUCCAUAUCAAUUUUUACCUACCCAUUCCAUUAACUUGUAUGUAAGAGUUAUUCAAGCAAGCACCUGCAACGUGCACGUGCGGUUCCUCUGGUGGAACACAGACUGACCUUACAAAGAUAUUUGUGGACACAUUGAAUACUAUGAGUUUAUGAUUUGUUCCACAAGGACGGCAUGUUGAGCAAGCUGCUACUCAUUGGCACAGUCACCUAUCAGUAUGGACCAUUAGAUCAUAAAGGGUAUGAAUCAAAUUAGAAAAAUAUGGCUGCUUUCUUUAAGAAACAGUUCUCGGGUUGUAUGGUUUUGUAGCUUAGACCCAUUUAUUUAAAGGGAACUUAUCACUUUCAUGCUGCCUGAGCCACAAGUCAUUGGGGAGGUCCCAGGUGGGUUUUGUCUGCCCCACCGGCCUUGAUUGACAGAUGUCACCCUAAACCUAAAUGAUCUAUCAAUCAAGGCUGGUAGGGCGUGUAGAAGCCUCAAGGAACCACCUCAGUGACUAUUGUUUCGGGCAGCAUUAAAGUUAUAACAGGUUCCCUUUAAACAGAUAUGAGUUGCAUCAACAGACAAGCCCAUGGACAAGAGUGGAGCUGUUACUAGAAUAAAGCAGAUACAUUUUUCUAUUCUCAUACAACUAUAUUAAUUAUUUCGAGUUUCUUCACUUAUACAGUAAAUACAUGACACAGUGACAUGGUCUAAAGUGGUUCCAAGUUUUAAAAAGUAAUACAUUUCUUGGAACAUUCCAACCUAUUAUAUCCCAAGUCCUCACCAUGAAGGACGGGUAACUGCAAACCCUGUAAAAACAUUUGUUCACAGUCCAUAUCUACAAUUCUAUGCCUGUCAAAUAAAGAGAAUGAAAACUUUUCAGGGAAGCUAUUCAAGCACUAUGUCAUUACACUAUGCCAUGGAAACUUGUGACAUGUGACCACCCCCUCUGCUCCGUGUAUACUAAAUUCUUACUUCCUGAGCAUGCUGAAUUAAAGGGGCAAUGUAUUCACUUUAUAAGACGAUUUACCAGAGAGGAUUUCCCUUCUGGUCGAUUGAUAUGUUAUUUAGACUUUUAUUGUGCCACAUAAAAUAUCCUUAGCAUCCUUAAAACUGGUGUCAGUGUAAAUAUUCUCUGUAUUAGCUGCAAACUGUUAUUAGAAUUAUGGACAAGAAAUAGAUGUUUCUUUCUGAUACCACCAAAUGUAUUUUAUGUUUUGUAGGAAUAUUGAGUGAUUGCAGGACAAUAACGUAUACUAUGUAUAGAUCACAUUCCAGAUGAUAAAAGUAGAAUUUAUUCUUUGUAAUUGUAUUAUGAAGGGGUACAGUAUAGAGAGUAUGUAAAUGGCGCAGCUUAUACUCAUAGGAAAAUAGACUAUCUGGAGUCUGUAGUGAGCACAUGGUGGGAGCCAUUCCAGGUUAUGAUCUGGGAUUGCCACCAGUUAUUCAAAUGAUUGAAAGAUGGAAUAGAACGUAUAAUAAACCAGAAAAUAGAAAUAUGGCGUCCUCUUUGGUUGAGGUAUUUGGAAACAUGGUUCCACACCAGGCUGUGUGUACUAGUAUGCUGGUUUGGUUCAGUUGUAAUAUGGACACUGAGAUGUGCCUGUAUUAUUACGGCUGCGUGAAGACAUCCCAAGGGACAGUCUUCUACGUAGGACUAGCCUCCAACUAAUUUUGAGCUACCCACAUUCGUACAUACAGCUUGACGUCUAGAGUGUGUCUCGCUGUCUGCUUGACAGGUUCAGUGCCAGUAAACGACUAGAAUUUCUGGAUAUAGCAAUUGGCAUUUUACUUUACUAUAGACAUACUAUUUAGUUGGUUCUAGGCCAGUGACACUACCCUUUACCAUUAAGAACCAUCAGAUGAAGCUAUACUAUACUCCUGGAUGAUUAUGACUGUGUAUACCCAUUAAGGACUUACAGUACAUCAUACCAUUUUUUUCCAAUAGCAAUUGAGCAAAAUACUACGAACAAACUUAUAUGUACACUUUUAAAUCUUCAAUGAAAUAUAAGAAGGCUUCGUCCAUAGUUUUGGAUAAGACAUGUAACAAAAAAAAUAAAAUAAUAAAGAUUCUAGAACAAGUGAAUAUAAAAGAACUUACACAAGCUUUUCUGCACUACAAUAGCUUCAGGCUUCGGAUGCUAAGGAGCCGCAAGUAACAUUCCCUCAAGACUGGGCUGUAAUAACAAGGAAUAAUUGGCAGCAAUGAACUAUGCUAAUGCUAACACAUAUGCAUGCCGCGGUCUAUCUUCCAACUCUUGGACAGGAUCAGUCUUGUGGCUGGCUGGGAAGGUCCUCACUCCUCUCUCAUUCAGAAUGGUGUUUGUGUCAGUCUGCAGCUGUGUAUGGUAUUGUCUUAUAAUCCCGCAUCACCUCUAUUCUACCGAUUCAUAUCUAAUGUAGAACAUUAGUUUACAGUGAAGUAAUAUGUAGUGCUUUUAUGAUAUUUGUGUGCAAUACCCCACUUCCACUGAAGAAUCUUUGAUGUAAAGGAAACAAACUUGGUUCCACAAUAAAAGAAAAAAAUGGA